UCACGAAACCUCGGCUUGGGCAGGCCAAGCUCAACCAAUCUCUCUUCUGUUCUGUGAAAAAUGGCGGAGGGAGAGAUAAACAUUGACAAUAUUAUCCAGCGCCUUCUUGAGGUGCGUGGGUCUCGGCCUGGCAAGACCGUGCAGAUGUCGGAGGCUGAGGUUCGAGGUCUCUGUUUGAAAUCUCGAGAGCUGUUUCUUCAGCAGCCCAUCCUCCUGGAACUAGAGGCUCCCCUCAAAAUAUGUGGUGAUAUUCAUGGGCAGUAUACAGAUUUACUCAGACUUUUCGAAUACGGAGGUUUCCCACCCGAGGCAAACUAUUUGUUCCUAGGAGACUACGUAGACAGAGGAAAGCAGAGUCUAGAGACUAUAUGCCUACUAUUGGCCUACAAGAUCAAGUACCCUGAGAACUUCUUCUUGCUGCGAGGGAACCACGAGUGCGCCUCUAUCAACAGAAUUUACGGAUUCUACGACGAAUGUAAACGAAGAUACAAUAUCAAACUAUGGAAAACCUUUACGGACUGCUUUAAUUGCUUACCCAUCGCGGCCAUAGUUGAUGAGAAGAUAUUCUGUUGUCAUGGAGGGCUAAGCCCUGAUCUCCAGAGUAUGGAACAGAUCAGGAGAAUCAUGAGACCAACAGAUGUUCCUGAUACAGGACUAUUAUGUGAUUUGUUGUGGUCUGAUCCAGACAAGGAUGUUCAGGGUUGGGGGGAAAAUGAUCGUGGAGUUAGUUUCACCUUCGGAGCUGAUGUAGUGAGCAAGUUCUUAAACAGACAUGAUCUUGAUCUUAUCUGUAGAGCUCAUCAGGUUGUUGAGGACGGCUACGAGUUCUUUGCGAAACGUCAGCUGGUGACCCUGUUCUCUGCCCCCAACUACUGCGGGGAGUUCGACAACGCCGGGGGUAUGAUGAGUGUUGACGAAACACUCAUGUGUUCUUUCCAGAUCUUGAAGCCGAGUGAGAAGAAAGCUAAGUAUCAGUAUCAAGGUCUAAACAGACCCCAGACCCCCCGGGGACCUGGUCAGAAUAACGCCGCUAACAUCAAGAGGAAGUAAAAUAACAUCAUCAUCAUGCUUUACAGACGGUUGGCCUCACCCCCGCCUUUAACAGACGGAGGGGCAUUAACCCCAGGGUUUAAUAAGCGGAGGGGCGUCAACCUCCACCUGUAACAGACGGGAGGCCCUAAACCCCCGCCUCCAUCCUAUAAUGGGACGGUUCAUCAUUAAUCAACAUUCAUACGUUCUGUAUCUGUAAUCUGUAUCUUUGUAUAUAUAUGCGCGCUGUAGAAGUUAUGAACACAAGGUGUCUUUAUUUGUUUAAAUUAUUCUUUAUCAAUAGGUUUUCUUCCGAUCUCAGCAAAUUUUAAGUUUUUUUCCCCGACACCCUGUGGAGUGAUCGUGCCAUUUUUUGGACAACCGGUACCCACCCUACACCUUAAAGAGAGAUAAACCAGCUGAAACUUUCUGAACCAUUGUGCAGACUCAAAAACAAUACUAUUAAUGGAUUUAAUAAUACAAAACCUUAGAAUAAACCUUGAAAUUUCUUCAA